AUGCGCAUGUACCAUCGAGGAGAAAUCCCGCCAAUGGACGGUGAUAGGUCCCAAGGAAAAAGCUUCCCGCGAAACCACCAAAAUCUGGGCAGCAGGAGAAGCGCGGACGACAACCCCGUCCGAGGAAGGAUGCAGAAAAGGCGGAAGCCCCGCUUGGGAAAAGGAAUCGUGAUGACCACGACGACCUACCUCCCGCCACCGAAGCGACAAGUCAGCAUGAUCAUGGGAGGCUUCCUGGAUAACGACGAUUCCAUAUCGGCGAUCAAGGAAUACGAACGAAAGGCCGUCGCGGCACAACGCUACCCGUAUAUCCAUAAAGGGAUCCCUACCAUCUCCUUCACGGAUAAGGAUGCGAGCGGGCUGGACAUCCCUCACCUUGACCCACUCGUAAUCACUCUACAGAUCCACGACUGUGACGUCGCGAAGGUCCUGGUUGAUACCGGGAGUACGGUGAACCUCAUCUUUUUGGAAACACUGAACCGCAUGGGGUGGAGGAAGGAUCUAUCAAACCUACAUCCCGUCCCCUCACCGGUUUCACCGCCGAGCAUGUUUACAGCUGUGGCACAGUCCGGCUCCCCGUUUAUGUCGGCGGAAUUUCAAAGCUCUUGA